UAUAAUCUAUAUGUACAUCCGUCGCGUUUCCAUAAUCGUCGAUAUGAAAGUGAAGGAAUGUCUGUUGGUGUGGCUCUACUGCCUGUACUUCACUUCAGCAUAUUCGACUAUAUCCUAUGGGACGACAGAUUUUGAUGAGUGCAAGCAGGUGAAUCCAAAUGUGUGCAGCCAGGGAUGUAAUAACCAUGACGGUGGAUACAGUUGCUAUUGCCAAGACGGAUACGAUCUAAUAAACCAAACUUACUGCCAAGCUAUUGGACCAGAUCCACUCAUCCUUCUUGCAGACCGUUACUUAGUGCGUGAAUAUGACCCACUUUUGAUAAAACACCGAACGAUCUCACCAAAUCUGAACUAUGCCGUGGCUUUAGACUACGAUAUCAAGGAGAUGCAGGUCUACUGGUCUGACAGGAAUGAGGAUACGAUCUACCGUACUAACAUAAAUGGAUCGGGUUUGCCCGAAGUUGUAAUCAGUGGAUAUGAAACAUACGGAAUGUGUAUAGACUGGAUUUUUCGUAACAUUUACUGGGCUGAUAGGAGUACCAAAACCAUUCAUGUUGCAAGCCUUGAAGAUCUAAGCAAACGUUCCAUUCUUAUUCCAGAUAUUACGCAUACACCAGAAGGUCUUACUCUUGACCCAAAAAUUGGCUACAUGUUUUGGUCUGUGUAUAGUGGGAAAAUUGAACGCGCAGGAAUGAAUGGACAGCAAAGACUAGUCCUCGUUGACACCGACAUUAGCUCUCCAGUUGGUCUGACUACUGACCUGACUACUAAUCUUCUUUUCUGGGUGGAACAAGGGAGUUACAGGUUAAAUAGCAUUGACUACAACGGCCAUGGUAGACGCACAAUACUUAGUUCAUAUUCAAUUCUACCUCGUCCAUUCGGUAUUACCGUAUUCGAAGAUUAUGUUUACUUGACAGACUUGCAAAGGAAAGCUAUAAUUAAAGCCAACAAAUUUAAUGGAAAACAUACUAUGUUGGUUGGAAACCUUAAUCAUCCCUUGGGCAUCCAAAUAUAUCACCCUCAAAAACAGAUCAAGGGAAUUAUUAACCAUUGUGAAGGACAUAACGGUGGAUGCUCUGAUCUGUGUGUAGCUGCCCCUAAAUUGAAUGAUAAUUCCGUGAAGUAUUCGUGUCUUUGUCCAUCAAACUCCUUUCUACUGCAAGAUGGACGUACAUGUGAGGGAUCGGAAGUGAAUCCUCUGACACCACCAUCUUCAACAGUCAGUCCACCAGAAGAAAAGAGGACCACACAAAUGAGGACCGAUAAUAUUAACGAUGAAAUUGUUUAA